AUGGCAUCUUCUACACCCUCACUGACUUCAGAACAAAUCUAUGAUGAAGAACCAUUAACCUCUACCCUGCGUCCAGACACUUUAGCCAUUAUCACAGUUCGCAUUAUCAAAUCUUUCCCAUACCGCACCGAGAAAAACCAUGUAUUUCAUGACAUUGAUUUGACCAAGACUACAGCACAACAGUUGCUAGAGCGCGUCAAGGAUCUCAUUGCAAAACAGGGUGCUUUCCGUGCAUAUAGAAACGUAAACUUGGAUACUGUCAAGAUUUAUACACAUGCUCAUGGAUCGAAAACAAUGAACCUUAUCAUCAACUUUGAUCAUGAUGACGAUUGGAUCCUUUCUGACCCAAAUAAAUCACUCCAUGAUUAUGGCGUUGAAAACGAAACGGAAUUGUCCAUCUUUAACUUUAAGGAUUACGAAGAAUACAAGGCCAAUCCUGUGGACAAGUGGAUCUAG